AUGAAGACCACCGCCGGCGGAGGAACAGGCUCCAGCCUAGCUCAAGCGAUCAUCAUUGUCACCGGUGUCUCAGCUCUAGUAGCGUCACUACUCUCUAUUGUGUCGAUAUGGUUCCAAAUGAAAAACUAUCGAAAGCCAUUGCUACAGAGAUAUGUCGUUCGUAUUCUUUUGAUGGUGCCAAUCUUCGCGGCAGCAUCUUGGACGAGCAUUGUAUCCCUGAUUGCAGCCCAGUUUCUUGAUCCUAUCCGUGAUAUUUAUGAGGCGUUUACCAUCUACACGUUCUUCCAGCUGCUCAUCAACUUCCUCGGGGGUGAACGAGCGGUAAUCAUUAUGGCCCACGGCCGUCCACCGGUCUCGCAUGCUUGGCCGCUCAAUCACUUCUUGCCAAAGGUCGAUAUCUCGGAUCCUCAUACCUUCCUGGCUGUCAAGCGUGGCAUCCUGCAAUAUGCCUGGUUGAAGCCCAUUCUAGCUCUGGCAUCAAUUAUUAUGAAAGCUACUGAUACAUACCAUGAGGGAUAUUUGGAUAUCGGAUCAGGGUAUCUGUGGACCGGCCUUGUAUACAACGCCAGCGUCACCCUCAGUCUGUAUUCUCUGGCGAUGUUCUGGGUAUGUUUACACGAUGACCUCUUGCCAUUCCGCCCUGUUCCCAAAUUUCUCUGUGUUAAGCUCAUCAUCUUUGCGUCAUACUGGCAAGGGUUCUUCUUGUCGAUUCUGCAAUGGCUCGGGGCUCUUGGGAAUGGUGUUGCAGGGUACACCCCGGACAACCUUGCCGCAGCGAUUCAGGACAGUCUGCUCUGUUUUGAGAUGCCUUUCUUUGCCAUAGCGCACUGGUAUGCUUUCUCAUGGCAUGACUAUGCCGACCCAAGCAUCUCAGCUGCUCGAAUGCCAGUGAAAUAUGCACUUCGAGACGCAUUCGGUCCUCUUGAUCUAAUCGAGGAUACGAAGAUGACGCUCCGUGGGGACAACUAUGAAUACCGGCUUUUCGACUCAGGUGACAACAUCAUCGCACAUGAGGAGUCAGAAUCACGAGUUAAGCGAGUCAUGGAUGGAAUGCGGUAUGAACGUGGAGGAAAAGCAAAAUACUGGAUACCGAAGCCAGGUGAAGCUAGCAAGCCUGGGGAGGCGGACAGUCGCACCCCACUUCUUGCCGGCAGUGGCUCCAGUGCUCGUCGCAACGAGAGAGGCAGUCGUAGCUCUGCCGAUCGAUUCCGAUCCCAUAGUGAGAUUGAAAUUACGUUAGACGAUGAUGAUGAACAUUUGUUCACCAAUGCGCGGGCGCUGGAAUUUGGAGACUGGAAUUACCCCGUCAUCACCGCCAACGAAGUCCCCCAGGAUCAACGGCUACCGAGAACCAGGAGCUAUCAAAGCUCCAAUCAAUCCAGUGAGCGGCAGAUUAAAAAGUCCCGCACGCACCGGAAAGGCCGAGCGUCGGGCAGCGACAGCAGGCAAGAUCCCAAUUCCUCCAGUAAAAGCUCCCGUGGGUCAGGUCCCUUGCAGCGCAACGCCAGCUCCACAAGCUCCCACCAGUCACAUCGCAGCCAGCUUGUCGACCUCGUGGUGGAAAACCAUGAAGCUGAGGAAGAAGAACGAGCUCAGGUACAACGGGAAACCGGCUCUGCCUGGGUGGCUGAAACCCGAGAAACCCGACACUUUGAGAGACCAACCGGAGAACCAAUCGAAGAAGAGACUGAACCCGAAGCCCAGACCCAGGAAACCCAAGCCGAGCCGGUCCAUGAUCAAGCUGCCACGCGAUGGGCCUACAGUGCUCUGGAAGAUGACAAUGAUGUGUGGGGCAAAUAA